UUCUUCCACUUGCACUCCAUUUUCAAAACCUCUCUUUAACUAAAACCCUCAAUUAUGGCAUCUAAUUACAACCUUGCCAUUCUUCUCUCUGCGGUGCUUCUCCUACAGUUCUUACCUGAACUCACUGUAGGGGCGCUGGUUCAAGAGCAACCGUUGGUGCUCAAGUAUCACAACGGUCAGCUUCUAAAAGGCCAGAUCACCGUUAAUCUAAUCUGGUACGGUUCUUUCAGUCCAAUCCAACGGUCCAUAAUCGUGGACUUUGUAAACUCUUUGAGUACCACCGGCGCGGCGCUUCCCUCCGCCGCAGCGUGGUGGAAGACGACGGAGAAGUACAAAACAGGACCCUCUGCGUUGGUCGUCGGGAAGCAGUUUCUCCACCCGGCGUACACCCUCGGGAAGAGCCUCAAGGGGAGGGAUCUCUUGGCACUGGCGUCGAAGUUCAAGAGCUCCAACUCCAACGCCGCGUUGUCGUCUAUCACCGUCGUGCUGACUGCGAAGGAUGUUGCCGUUGAUGGGUUCUGUAUGAGCCGCUGCGGAAGCCAUGGAUCGGUUCGGAGUGGUGCGGUUCGGACUGCUUAUGUGUGGGUUGGAAACUCUGAGACGCAGUGUCCAGGGCAAUGCGCGUGGCCGUUUCACCAGCCGAUGUAUGGCCCACAGACGCCGCCGUUGGUGGCGCCGAACGGUGAUGUUGGUGUGGAUGGGAUGGUGAUUAACCUGGCUACGCUUUUGGCUGGAACUGUGACGAAUCCGUUUAAUAAUGGAUACUUUCAGGGUCCGGCAACGGCGCCGUUGGAGGCGGUGACGGCGUGCACUGGGGUUUUUGGGAGCGGGGCGUAUCCGGGUUAUCCGGGUCAGGUGUUGGUGGAUGGGGUUUCUGGGGCGAGUUUCAAUGCGCACGGCGCGAACGGGAGGAAGUUUCUUCUGCCGGCGAUGUGGGACCCGCAGACGUCGGUGUGCAAGCCUCUUGUGUGAGGAGGAGGAGGUACACGUGGCGGAGUGGGUUGUAGAUAUGGGUUGCUGGAGAUGAUGGCACUUGGGUGUUGGAGGAAAGGGAGUGUAUUGUCAUUGUGUAUGUAUGUAUUUUUAAGUUGUUUUUUUGUCGUUUAGUAUGACAUGUAAAUUCUAUGUCAAAAUACUAAAAAGCCAUGUUGUUAUUAUUAUUAAAUAUUAAUAUUGUAACUUUCCAAUGUGGUAAAGGAGGAAAAGAAAAGAAGGCUUAUCGAUAA